CCGCCAAUCGGUGCCAGCCGGGCCCGGCGAGGCGUCUCGGGCCCCGUGAGGGGGGGGACGGGACACACACACCGGGGGGGGCCCCGUCCCGUCCCGUCCCGUCCCGCCUGAGCCAUAAAGCCCAUGGGGAGCCGGCGGCGGGGCUGAGCGCGGCCGGGACCCCGGGACCCCUCCCCGAGCAAGAUGACCUCGGCCACCAAGGUGUACUACAGCCAGACGACGCAGACCGACAGCCGCCCCCUGGUGGCCGCGGGGCUGCGGCGGCGCCGGGUGCUGACCAAGGACGGCCGCAGCAACGUGCGGAUGGAGCAUAUCACGGACAAGAGCUUCCUGUACCUCAAGGACCUGUGGACCACCUUCAUCGACAUGCAGUGGCGCUACAAGCUGCUGCUCUUCUCCGCCACCUUCGCCGGCACCUGGUUCGCCUUCGGCGUGGUCUGGUACCUGGUGGCCGUGCUGCACGGGGACCUGCUGGAGUUCGCCCCCCCGGCCAACCACACCCCCUGCGUCAUGCAGGUCCACACCCUCACGGGGGCCUUCCUCUUCUCGCUGGAGUCGCAGACCACCAUCGGCUACGGCUUCCGCUACAUCAGCGAGGAGUGCCCCCUGGCCAUCGUGCUGCUCAUCAGCCAGCUGGUGCUCACCACCAUCCUGGAGAUCUUCAUCACCGGCACCUUCCUGGCCAAGCUGGCGCGGCCCAAGAAGCGCGCCGAGACCAUCCGCUUCAGCCAGAAGGCGGUGGUGGCGCAGCACGAGGGCAAGACCUGCCUGAUGGUGCGGGUGGCCAACAUGCGCCGCAGCCUCCUCAUCGGCUGCCAGGUCACCGGCAAGCUGCUGCAGACCCAGCUGGGCAAGGAGGGCGAGAGCCUGCGCCUCAACCAGCUCAACGUCGACUUCCAGGUGGACACCUCCUCGGACAGCCCCUUCCUCAUCCUGCCCCUCACCUUCUACCACGUGCUGGACGCCGCCAGCCCCCUGCGGGACGUGGAGCUGCGCAGCGGGGAGGGAGACUUCGAGCUGGUGGUGAUCCUGAGCGGCACCGUGGAGUCCACCAGCGCCACCUGCCAGGUGCGCACCUCCUACCUGCCCGAGGAGAUCCUCUGGGGCUACGAGUUCAGCCCUGCCAUCUCCCUCUCGCCCAGCGGCAAGUACGUGGCGGACUUCAGCCUCUUCGACCAGGUGGUGAAGGUGGCGGCGCCCUGCUGCCUGCGCCAGGACGUCCGCUUCGGGGACCCCGAGAAGGCGAAGCUGGAGGAGUCGCUGCGGGAGGCGGCCGAGAGGGAGCGGGAGGGAGCCCUCAGCGUCCGCAUCAGCAACGUCUGAGCCGCCGCCGCCCCGGGGCCGCCGCCCGCGGCGGGGACAUCGA